UCCGCUUUGAGGGCGAAGCUACGUCGUAGCGAACUCUCCGAUUGGUCCGAUUUGAACAGAGGGAACGGCGAUUUGAACAGAAAGAACGGCUGGCAGGAAAGAAGCAUGUUCUCGAUGUAAACGGAUACAGUUAUAUAUCAAUAGAGCGAAAAGCUUGAUGAUGGAAUCGUGUUUAAAUCAUAAGCCCGGGAGAGUUGGCUCUAUAACCGCAGAGGACCUCAGGAAAGAUCUUUUCGUCGAGUUUUCCAAAUUAUCAAGGGAUUCAGUAUUGCUGGAAAAAGAGCAUCUGCAGGUCUUUCUCCGUGUCCGGCCAUUCACUACUGCAGAGAGAACAGAAGGAGAAUCACAGGAGUGCAUCUCAAUUGAGCCUCCAGAUUCCGUGAUUCUGAAGGCACCUAGAGCAUCUCUGACAGCCAGACACAGUGAGAGAUUUGGGUCACAACUGGCACAACGAUUUCAGUUCUCACAGGUGUACGGUCCAGAAGCGACACAAAGAGAUAUAUUCGAUGGAACAACCAAAAGCCUUGUGAAAGAUGUCUUGGAUGGAGGGAAUUCCUUGAUCUUUACAUAUGGAGUUACUAAUGCUGGGAAGACGUUUACUUUUUUUGGCCCUGAUUCAGAUGGUGGAAUUCUGCCCAGGUCAUUAAAUGUGAUCUUUAACAGCAUAGAAGGCAGAAAUUAUUCUCAAAAUAACAUCAAGCCUCACAGAUGUGUUGACUUUAUAAGACUCACCAAAGAGCAGCAGGAUGAGGAAGCUACAAAUAAGAGAAACCUUCUUCGCCGAUUUAAAGAUAUUGACCCCCAGAAAACCCUGUCUAGCAUGUCCAGCUCCAGCUGUUCAUCAUUUGAAAGCUCCACCUCUAGUGACACAAAUGGGGACAGUGUCUGUUUGGAUGAGACCUCUUAUGUUAAAUUCUCUGUGUGGGUCUCCUUUUGUGAAAUCUACAAUGAAAACAUCCACGAUCUGCUUGAUGUUGUUCCAAAUGGCUCUCACAGAAGGAAUGUUUUGCGGCUAGCCCAAGAUGUUAAAGGCAAUGCUUUUGUCAAAGAUCUAAAAUGGGUUCAAGUUAAUAGUGCAGAGGAAGCAUUAAAAGUUGUGAAAAUCGGAAGAAAAAAUCAAAGUUUUUCAUCCACCAAACUCAACAAUGUCUCUAGCAGAAGCCACAGUAUUUUUUCCAUUCGGAUCUUGCGUAUUGAAGAUGUUGGUGUUCCUCGGGUUCAGACAAUUAGCGAGCUGUCAUUAUGUGAUUUGGCUGGAUCUGAGCGAUGUGCAAAGACUCAGAACAGAGGAGAACGUUUAAAAGAAGCUGGAAACAUCAAUACUUCCUUGCUAACGCUAGGGAAAUGCAUCAGUGCUCUGAGGCUCAACCAAACGCAAACCAAGUUUCAUCAGCAUAUCCCCUUCAGAGAGAGCAAACUCACACAUUAUUUGCAGGGUUUUUUCUGUGGCCGUGGAAAAGCCUGCAUGAUCAUCAACAUAAACCAGUGUGCCUCAGUAUAUGAUGAAACCCUGAAUGUCCUCAAGUUCUCAGCAGUGGCUCAGAAGGUGGUGGUCCUCAACCCUAAACCAGCUCCUAGCUUUGCACUCAAGAGAUCUGCCAGAGAUGUGUCCAUGAUAAUCAAUAAUGCUGACAAGAAGGAUUGGACCAGGAGAAGCUCCCUCAUGGGCUGGGAAAUGAGCCUAGAGGAUGUGCAGGAGGAUGAGGAUGAUGAAGAAAUGGUUGAGGAUUACGAUGAGGAGAGUGACAGUGAGAGCAUGGAGGACAACACUGUCUUAGAGGCUACAGAAAGUCAAGAGUUGUGUGAGCUUCAGUUGAAAAUUGAAGAGCUCCAAGAGAAGCUGUCCAAAGAAGAGUCUGAAAAAUUAACUAUGGAAUCUCGUAUUCGUGAGGAAGUCACUGCAGAGUUUAUGGAGCUGUUUUCUAACAUGGAAAAAGACUACAAUGAACGUCUUCAAAGAGAAAAAGAAAUUGUUGAGGAAAGAGCAGAAAGGAGGCUUGAGAUACUGAAGAAUCUGGUCAACAGAACUGUUGGUGAAAUUGCCGCUGUUAGCAGUGAUGAGAAUGCAGCAAAGGAGGCUAAGAUUGAGCUUUUGGACAGUAUGAUCGAGGCAAUGCGAGAUGAUUUAGCUAAGAUAAAAGGAGAUGCAGAGGCAGUACAAAAUUGCUUGACAAAUGUCCCUGAAUCACCCAGAACAAUUAUUCAUCUGAGGAAACAGCUGGAGGAGAUGAGAGAGGAGCUGUUCAAAAGCCAACAACAUCUCAGUCUUAAAACUAAAGAGUUUGAAGCAAUGUGUGUUCAAAUGCAGGAAUCAAAUGACCAGCUUCACCAAGCAAAUAGAAAUUAUGAAAACCAGAAACUGAGAUGUCAGGAACUUAUGUCAAUCUGCCAGGAGAAAGAUGACAUGGUCUCUAAAUUACAGACUGCUUUGGAUCAAAAUGUAGAGGCAGCUACUAAAGAUAGGGCCUUAAUAAAUAAUAUCAAAGAAGAAAUCCUACAUUUCAGAAACAACUGUAAGUGUAUGCUGAAAGAAGAUGGUGAACCUAGAGGGGAGGAAAUGACAAGUCGGGAAACUCAGCAGCUUUUGCAAAAACUGAAAAUGAAAGAGGAGCAGCUGAAUGAACUUAAACUUGAGCGUUGUUCACUUGAGAAAAAAGUGUGUGAUCUCUCUGAUAGACUGGCAGAGCUGACUCAUGCACAUGAAGCCACUGUUGUGAUGGAGAGAGCAGAGGUCAACAAAGUCACAAAUGAGAACAAGACUCUUGCCAGUGAGCUAAAUGAACUUCAGCAGGCAGUCAAUGAGAUGAGCUCAAAGCUCAAAACUCUGCAGACAGAAUUGAACACUCAGACAAAGAUUGCCAAUGAGCUUUCAGAAGAACUUGAUGCAGCCAAAGCAGAGUCUAGCAGUCAGUCCAAAACUGUUGAAUCCUUAAUGACAGAGGCAGAUAAUUUACAUCAGGAAAUCCGUGCCUGUCAGCUCUCGCAUGACAAAAAGGAGGCUGAACGUGAGAAGCUGGUGGAGUUAUCGCAUGAGAAGAGCCGACAGAUCAAUGACCUGGAGCAGGAGGCCAGUGAGACCAGAGCAAACAUGUGCCAGCUUGAGGAGCUCUGCAGUCAGCUUAAAUAUGAGCGUGAUGCCCAGGCACAAGAGUACCAGAGACUACUGUGCCAUUAUGAAGCUCAAAAGUUUGUUGUGGCCCAGAUAAAAAGCAGCUCUGAGCUCCUGGAAGAACUGACUGCUCUGAAUCAGCAGCAGGGGAGGAUAGAAGAACAAGAGCAAGACUCUAGAGAUGAUUGCUGGAAAACUUUGCAGGACAAACUCAUUCAAAUGCUGAGCAAACUGAACCAGCACGAGGAAGUUCUGAACAUAGUGAGAACGAUUGUAGAGAAUGAGAUCUCUAAGGCAAGAGAUGAGGCCAAGAGGAGAAUAACUGCGAUGGAGGAAGCUCUGGCUCAUAAAGAUGCAAAACUAGAGACUAAGGCCCAAGAGAUUUCAAAGUUGAGAGAACUUGUGAAUGAUGGACUUAAUAAAAUCAAGACCAUGAGUUGUGAUUUGCAGAAGGUGGAGAAAGAGCGAUCUGAUGUCAGAGAUCAGUUAUCGGAGGCUAACAUGCAGAAAGAACAGUUAGAGAAACAGAUUUUGAUCUUAAUUGAAGAAAAGAAAAUGUUUCAGCAGAAGCUAUGUGAAGCAAAUGAGAUGAGGGAUCAGGCUGGACAUAGUUUAAGCUGUACAGAGCAAAAUAUUGAGCCACCGCAGACUGUGAAGUCUAACCAUACCACAGAAGAAGAAAACAUUCAGACUUUCCAAACUACCUGUCAGGAUCUUUUGGCAGAGCAGAAGCUGAUUGAGAAGACGUGUGUGAACUUAAAUAAAGACUUCAUACAGACAGACAAGGAGGAAUUGCUGGAGGCCAGACCGAAUGAGAUUGAAUCUGGAACUGAAGAUCAUACAAAACUCCAGGAGAUGUAUCAGAAACGAAGUGUUGGUGUCUCUGAUGAACCUCAGCAGGAAGAACGGAGAGCUUGCAGACCUGCAGAGAACACAAAAGGAAUAUUAAAGCAGCAGCUGGCUGAGAAGCAGGAUACCACUGUGAACUUGCAAAGGGGGAAAGAUUUGGCUGCUUCUCAUAAAUCUGAUACCCAGAAAGUUGGCCGUUCCAAACAGACAUCAAAUGUGAAGACCGAGAAUAAAGGCGACUCUUUUAGUCCAACACAAGAGCAGGCGGCAGUACUCAACUCCUCCAUCCUGUCCACAAAGAGUCUCCAAGAAGAGCGCUUCCCCAAACCUGAGGUAGAAAUCAGCUUUACACCACUUAAACCUGACCGAGUGAAUGUCAGGAAACCAGGAGAAGCAGAGUCUGUCACGAUAAAACUCCGACGUACAGCCAGAAAGAGAAAGAGCCCAGAGAUGGAGAACUCUGUGGAGUCAGGAAAUCGAAAAAAACUACGGCUGAAGGUGAACAAUAAGGAAAACGUGCAAUCUAUUGAGACUCCCACAGUGCAGGGGAAAAAGGUGAGUCAAUUAAAGCAGAAAGACUGUCCUGCCAGCCUGAAAGGUAAAAAAGACGGAGCCCUGCAGAAGAUUGGUGACUUUAUCCAGAGCUCUCCAACCCUCUUUGGGAGCAAAGCCAAAAAGAUCAUGACCAUGGUGAAUGUUAAAUCUCCCGAACCGCUGAAUCCUUCUGAAAACAACAAACCCAAGAAAUCCAAACGAAAACUCUUCAAGACUCAGGUUUCUUCCCCGCUGGACAUACCCUCUCAUCCUAUCAUUGGAGGCAGUGAUGAUGAUGAUGAUGAUAAAGAGAGCGAUCAUCUAAUAAUCAAGAGAAAACUCAGAACAAGAACUGUCCAGAAAUGGUCCAAACAUUAAUUUGAUGGCCAAGUAUAAUUUUUUUUC